AUGUCCUCCAAGGAUGAAGAACUUCAGGAGAUGCUUAUGAGAUAUGAGAAUCUCGAGAAGCAUAAUCAGCAAUUGCAGACUGAAAAUUCCAAUUUGAUGAGUCAGUUACAGAGUCUCUAACAAAAUAUUAAAUAAUUAGAAACAGAAAACAAUGAAUUGAUUGAUUAAAUUGAGAAUUUAAAGGAAUGA